AUGUUUGUCUUUCGUCGAGACGAUCUCCCAGCUGACCCGGAGUUUCCAGCCCAGCUGGACAAACUGGGAUACUUCAUCAAUGACAAGGACCGGAUCCGCAAGAUCUCCGACCCUGAGCAGGAAUUCCAGUUCAAGAUCAACAAGAACCCGCGAUGGAAUGAGGUGCAGAGAGCCGCGAUGAACGCUUGUAUUCGCGAUAUCGUCAUGUCUCGCCUGCGUGCUCUAGGCCUGACAACCCUGAAGCUCCCACUCUUUCCCGGCCCUACUGAUCCUCACGUCCCGAUCCUGGUUUCCUCGAACCUGUCGACCGCGUCCCGCAUCAUUGUCGUGCUCGGUGAACCUGUGCAGGACCUGGGCAUCUGGGCAUACCGCAGUGUCGGCACAGAUGGCAUUGACUUUGGCUCUGCGGUGCGCUUUGCCCGUGCCGUUCUACAUCCAGACAGUUCGACUGCCACGAACAAGUCCCCCUCCCACAAGACAGGAGCCAACAACCACCCCGAUACAGCGCUCGUCCUGGCAAAUACCGGCCAACUGAUCUGGCACUGCGGCUCGCAGAGCGCAAUGACGAUGCAGUCCUGGCUGGCUCUGCCUCGCGAGUCGGCAGUGGAUCCGCCACUGACCAUGACGCACAGGAACACAAUCCGUGGCAAUGAGAACUGGCAGGCACAUGUGGACUGCGUGUUUGAUGAGAUCCUGGCCCCUGGUAGUCGUCUUGUUCGAGAUGAUGUGCAGGUUCAGGUCGUGGGUAUCGCGGAUGGAGGACUGGGUGCGAUUAGGUAUUUGGCUAGUCGGUGGCAAGAAUGGCACACCCGCAUCAGCUCCAUCUGCCUCACCAACCCUUUACACUUCACGCACCUCGAACUCAGCCCCGACAUCCACACCAUCAUCGACUGCGAUUCCCCCACCACACCCACCUCCUCUGUCCCCUCCUUCGCAUCCUUCAUCGCCACCCGCUGCCGCGCCUACGUCCUCUCCCAAGAACCCUUGGGCCUUCCGGUCCCCGGCGCCUCUGCCCACGGCUGCAACUGCUUCUCGUCCGGCGAGGCCCUCAACGUCGAGUGUAUCUUCCCGCGCGCCUGCGACGCCAUGCUCGAUUGGCUGGAUCUGACGUAUCGGGAGCCGGGGUUCUGUGAGGACAGGCUUCAACUGGUGGAGUUUGAUGGGGAGGAUAGGUCCGGGGGUGGGGUCGAGGUUGGGUUGUAGAUUCUAGGUUGAGAUAUUCCGGUUUCUGGUUGGGGAUCGGGGGGAGGGAGUUCUGGGGCUGAGAGGGAAGUGGCUGGUUAGUUGGUCGGUUUGAAUGGGAAAAGAGUGUUGUGGUUUCUUUUCUUUUGGUUCAAGCUGGUCCGGUCGAGGGGGGGUUCAUGCGUCUGUUCUACGCUGUCUCGUCCUGUUUUCUUUCCAUUCACGGCUGGGCUCUUCAGUGGGGGUUUUCCGUUGGUAGGAAUUCAUAGUGGAGUAAAUGGACUUGAGGAUGCUUGUCGAGAC